AUGGAUCUCCAAAACCAAUUGACAGGCGAUUGGAGCUCGUAUUUUUCCAAUCAGCCACCAGUGGGGUUUGACGCAAGUGCAAACCGUCAUCUUCUCUGCAGUGAGUUGAGAGGCAGCUCUGUCAGGCUGGAGGACAAUUCAGAUCCAUACUGCAGCAUAUGGAAAGACGCAGAGCGAGCAAGAGUCAAGAGUUGUAACAGUCGGUCAUUUGCCAUGGACGCUAGAAUAAGACUCAAUAAUUUGAAGUCAGGGUGUAAUUCACUUUUGCCUUGCUGUGCCACAGAUGGGAUGUUGUACAACUAUAACUGUCAAAAAGACCUCUGGGACAGGGAAGAGCCAGAGGAGGAAGAGUCUGCUUUGGACUCGGUGGAGCUCCUUGAUGUAGAGGACGAUGUGCGGGAUGAAGAGAGCUGUGUUCCUCACAGGUUGUAUGAGUCUUCAAAGAAACAGGUGUUUGUGGAGAGAAGUGAGUCUGCUCUCAGAUGGUGCCGACAUGUCCUGGAUAACCCCAGUCCUGAGAUGGAGGCGGCCUGUCGCUCACUUAUAAAUAGGCUGGAUCAAAGAUCAAUCUGUCAGUUCUACAGAGCUCCUGCAGUUUUCCAUCAUAAUAUCGGCUCCUUUACGGACAAAACAUCUGUCAGCACAACACACAAUGUCUCUGACAGGCCAGAUGACUCCAUAACCACAAGCUACAGACUGCAGAACAUCACAGAUGUCCACAUUAUGGCUCGUCUACAGGAAGCCAGUUUAAGACAGGACUAUGUUUCAACGCCUGCCGGGAGAAGCCCCGAGUCCUCACCUGGUCAACCGUCACUGAGCUCUUCCCCUCGCCAGUCACCAACAUCAGCAGCUAAGCAGGGCUGCCAAAGUCCCAAACUGGCCAGACUUCACCAGCAAGUCACCCAGUUCAAGCUGCUGAAACUCGCUCAGAAUCAAGCAACAUCACCAGGCAGGACCAGGUCGCCCAUGAGGACCAGCCUCCGCUCCCUCCAGGCUGUUAGGAACAGCCGAAGUCUAGACACUGACGACUGCCAAUCUGCUGACCCAGUCCCUUACCCACCAUCCGCGCCCAUGAACCACAACAGGUUGUUGAACUCAGUGAGAGUCUCCUCCGACAGGACCACGGCCGUGCUGAGGUCUCAGUCCCUCAGCCCCAGCAGGAUCCCUCACCCGGCUAAGGGGUACCUGCCUGUUCAUGGACGUGUUUUUGCCUCAACUGACCGAUCAACCAGCGUAGCUUGGGGCAGAAAUGUUCCUUUCACUCAAAGGUGA